AUGGACAUUCAGGAAUUCAUUCCUCCGCUUUCAGAAGCACGUACUCUCUUGCUGAUUGGACGCGACCUGCCUGGCGCUCAUCAUGUUCUUGACCAGAGGGUUGGAUCAGGAAACGAGCCAUUUGCCCAAAGGCUAAGAUUGGGAUGGAUCAUUGUGGGUGAAACCUGCUUAGGAAAAGUUCACAGAAAUCGAAUAUCAGUGAAUAAAACAUUUGUUCUUGAUAAUGGACGUCCUACAGUGUUUAGACCAUGUGAAAACAGGAUUCAUGUUUCUGAGAAGUGGGACAGCAUAGGUUCGUCAGUAUUCUCCAGGAAUAAAGACGAUAACAAGGUCGGCCUCUCCAUUGAAGACAAGCAGUUCAUUCGAUUGAUGGAGAAGAGUUUACACAAGGAUACAGAUGGAAAUUGGGUAGCACCUCUACCGUUUCGUGAAAACCAUCCUCCGCUGCCUAAUAAUAGGCUACAGACACUUAACCGUGCUAAGAAUCUCCAUGCUAGUCUGUCCAAAGAUCCUGUAAAACUCCAGCACAUGGUGACAUUUAUGCAACGCGUAUUUGAAAGCAAGCAUGCAGAAGUAGCACCGCCAUUAACAAGUAAUGAAGAGUGUUGGUACCUACCAAUAUUUGGGGUGUACCACCCCCAGAAACCAGGUCAGAUUCGUGCUGUUUUCGACUCGUCUGCACAGUUUCAAGGACUCUCCCUGAAUAGCGUCCUCCUAUCUGGACCUGACCUUACAAACAAUCUGCUUGAUGUCCUUCUGAGAUUUCGUAUGGAACCUGUUGCCAUCUCGGGAGACAUACAACAAAUGUUCCGUAGCUUCCUAGUUGAAGAAACCCAUAGGAACUACCUGAGGUUUUUCUGGUAUCAAGACAACAAUCCAAGUAACAGUCUUAUAGAGUACCGCAUGAAGGUACAUGUAUUUGGGAAUCGACCUUCCCCAGCUAUUGCAAACUAUGGACUCCACAAGACAGCGGAAAUCAGUCUCGAGAAAUAUGGAAGUGAUGUGAGAGACUUUAUUCAGAGAAACUUUUAUGUGGAUGAUGGAUUGAUAUCCCUACCCACAUCAACUGAAGCAAUUGACUUGAUGACGCGUACUAUGUCUGCCCUUAAGAAUGAAGGAAAUCUACGCUUACAUAAGAUCGCUUCGAAUAAAGAAGAGGUAAUGAGUGCAUUUGCAAAUGAUGACCUUGCAAAGGACCUUAAGGAUCUGGACAUUGGCAAUGAACAACUUCCUGUACAGCGCAGCCUAGGAUUAAACUGGGACUUGAUGUCAGAUACAUUCACAUUUAGAGUGACUGGUGCUGAGAAACCUUACACACGUUGA